AUGUUAUCAAGCAAAGUUUUCUUGACAUUUUUGACGUUUGUUUCGUUUGUAUUAGCUAAUCCCAUGGAUGAGUUGGAAGGCACAUGGACUUCAAAGUCAAAUACCGUGUUUACAGGUCCCGGCUUUUACGACCCCAUCGACGAACUAUUGAUUGAACCCGAUUUACCCGGUAUAUCCUAUUCUUUCACCAACGAUGGCCACUACGAGGAAGCGUUGUAUCGCGUUGUUGGGAACCCAAAAAACCAUUCCUGUCCUGUUGCUUCGGUGACUUAUCAACACGGUACUUAUCAAAUCGCCAGCAACGGUUCCGUCGUGUUGACCCCUAUUGCCGUUGAUGGCAGACAGCUACUCAGCGACCCUUGUAAUCAAGACGAUCCCAACAUGUCGACUUACUCGAGAUAUGUUCAACCCACGUUUUUCAAAACUUACCAGAAAUACGUUGAUCCUUAUCAUGGCAGAUGGACAUUACAAAUUUACCAAUUUGACGGCUCAAAAAUGCAGCCUUUGUAUUUGGCCUACAAGCCUCCCUUGAUGUUGCCAACCCAUGCGUUAAAUCCAACAGAUGCUGCCUCCGAGACUGCUGCUGUGUUGGGUAGCGGCAAUAGCGGCUCAUCUUCUUCACAUAAAAAGAGAAGCAUCAAAAGAUCGUUGGAGAACCAAUACAGAACCAACGCUAUAAGACAAACCUAUGACGAAUCCUUUGAUAAAUAUUGGUGGGCAAGUGUCGUUUGCUUGGGUUUAGCUUCUUCUUAUAUGUUUUUGAAGAAUUGA